AUGCCUCAUGCAGCUGAAGCCGGAGGAUGUGUGACUGUCACUCGCUUGGAUCAGUCCGAAGAAAAGCGAAUGCAAGUUCAGGCUACUGCUAAGCGCAACAACGAGGUAAAGGAAACCCAUCUACUAGAAGAGAUCUAUCAAAUGUCGAAGGAGUGCAUUGACCGAAUCGAAAAUCUGCAAGCGACAGUCGAAAGAACAAUAUUGGACCUGGGUCUGGGUACAAGUGCUGGCGUAUCCGUAAAGGAACCUAAAACGAGGGCCGCACCUCUCAAUCUAGACGAUAUGGCACUAGAAAAGGAACGGUCUGUUGUCGAAGCAUGGGUCUGCUGUCAAAAUGAGACUAGUCGCUACGAAGAUCCGUUGGCGUUUUCAGUUGCUUAUUCGCGCCGGGUGCUCUCUCAGCUCAUUACAAGGAACGGCAAAGCCGAACCGACAAGCCUCGUUUCCGAAAAAGAACACAGUCUAUGUGCACCGUUUCCUUUAGCCCAUCAUCUAGACAAUCUGAAUACUCUCAGCUCAGAGAGAUCGAGUGGUGGAGCGACAAGACAACAGCAGGCCAGAUACUAUGUUGACAAGUGUUGGUUUGGUGACAGAGUGGACAAAACCGAGACUGAGGAAAGUUACAGCAAGGUAUUGACUCCAAAGGACUUAGGUAUCGAACUAGCCGGUAUAACAGUCAAAGCUGGCGCCCACGCAGGCACAGCCGGCAGCGUUGAAUUUGAGGGAGUAGUGCCCAUACUCACACGCAUCAAAAGCCUUUUUGCAGCCAACGGCGGCCACGCACUACACCAAUUCUCUGCAUCUGAGCAAACCGUUUCCAAUCCAUCCGAGUCCCAGUCUCAGGACCCACAGGUUGUUUCUGCCACACUGUCCAACGGCACAGUGACCCAGAUUAUGGAGCGGGCCGAUAGCUCUUUGCCCAAUAUCUCCUUUGUGGAACCGAACAUGAUGAAAAUCGUAGAUGUUGAAGACAAAGAACAGGGUAUACCUUUAUAUACAUACAAGAAUGCCAGGAGUUCCGCUCCGAGGAACGCAACUGGGCGUACACAACCUUGGACAUGAAGAGCAGUCUGAGCCGAG